AUGUGGUUUAUCUUUUCCUUUUGUGUUGUCUUUGGGCUCUUUGCGGUGUGGUAUGUUGAGGAUGCGCCUUACAUCACAACGCACUGGGAUAUGCGCAGGCUCACGCUAAAGAAGAAAGUGGAUCGCUAUCUUAUACGGAAUCGUUAUAUGUCGCAGCUUAUUCCCAGAAGACGAUUUAUUUUAUUUACGUUAUGCCUGGUUUUGCUGAAUAUCUACCUUACCAUUCAAGCUAUCGUCGCGGGGUAUAAUAAAGAUACAAUGACAAAACAUGAGUACACCGUUAUCUCCGUCGGUGCGGUUCUUUUGUUGAUGCUCGCGACCGUCUUGAUUUGGCCCUUCCGCUUUAUGGAUGGCGAACCAAACCGGGAUGCGGAAUUCAUCCGCAUCGCAAAAGAGAAGGAAGAGCAAAUUAGGCGGCGCCACAAUGGCGGUGAAUCUGAAGAACCUAAUGCAGCUGUGCAGGUGCUUUACACACAAAAUAACGUGAAUGAUUUGGAAAUUAUUGAGGUUGACCUCAGAGAGUUACCGAAUGAAGUCAACCCCACGAUUCCAAAAUCGAUGAAAAAGGACACCAGAAACACCCUUCCCUACCCAGACGCGGAAGCGCAUCCUGUCGAAAACCUUUCUAAUCCCUCAAGUCCACCCAAAACGAUGCUCACAGAGGACACUCACCCAAAUUCAGAAGCCGAAAGUUCCAAUCACGAGAAUGACUCCCAACACACAGAAGGUAGCAUUCAUACUUUGGUUUUAGAAUCGCGCAAGCCCUCCACGUACGCCUCACCCUACUUCGAGAUGAUCAACAUCGGUCAUGAGGGUUUCGUAACGCCGGUCUAUGAAAUCUCGUUUUGGCGAAGUCUUGCUCAUCUUGAUGUUUGGCUUGUUUUCUACACAACGUUUGUGAUGUGGGGUAUCGGCAUGACCAUGACAGGAAACUGGAAUAUUAAAGUCAUGCUCACCGCGCGGGAUCCAAACACCACCUACGCGAAGUAUAUUCUUUUUGCUUCUAUGUCCGGUAUUAGUACCGCUACAGGGCGAACUUUCAUUGGAACCUAUGAGGAGGUUCUAAACAGGAUGUAUCUACGUUUUGGAACCCCAAUGGUGUCUACGUGGGCCUACCCUGUUGCCUCAAUUGGGAUGUUUAUUUCUAUGAUCCUAUGGAUUGCCCUUCCAGGUAAUUAUUCUCUGAUUAUUACCUACAUUUUAGGACCUUACAUAUUCGGUAUGAGCCAUUCGAUGACAUUUUACAUUCUCAGCACCAUGUUUGACCGCGACAUUGGGAUGCAUUACAGUUUCUCCUUUCUUGCCGCGGCAAUUGGGCUCUUUGUUUUCUAUUACUUGGCAUGGUUUCUGCCGUACAAUCAUUAUUCAACUGUUUACCCAUUUUAUGGUCGUAUUUGCGUCGGUAAACGGAAGUGCAUGAAUACAACCCUCGCUAUUUAUGUUGCCCUUUCAUUCAGCAGCAUAUUAACGUCAUUUUGGUUCCACUUUCGGUACAAGAAACUCCUUGAGGGAAUGAGAUCCAAGGAAAGGGAAACUUCAUGA